AUGGAUUUGGGGCGAGCAGAGCGGAUGAAAACAGUUCAACAAGUGAUAAAAGAUACUAAGAAACAUGUUAGGAAGCUGCAGACACAAGAUAUUGUAAGUUUAAUGUUUCUUCUAUCUAGUUUCUUCAUUUUUAGGUUAUGAAAUUUGAGUUUUGUUUGUGAAAUGUAAAAAUUUACACCAAAAUUUUAUGAUCAUUGAUUUCACAGGUAGAUUAUUGAUGAUAACCUUUCACUUCCAAGCAUACUGACUAAACAACGUAAUAUACUAUUUUCAGAUUUCGAUAGUAUGUAUAACUACUAUUCUUCCUAUUGGUUAUCUUAUUCAAGUCAAUUACAUACUGAGUUUCUGGUUUGAGCUAUUUUCCGACCAAUGGUUUUUCCGAGUUGUUCCACUGACUUUGAUCGCUUUUAAUGCUUAUCUAAACAUAAUUCAAAUGGUGAGGGUGGGUCCAAAUGGGCUGGACAAUGAGCUACCGACCGUACAAAAGCCAGGGUUCCGGUUUUGUCAUCAAUGCCAGCUGAAUUCGCCGAUGAGAGCUUAUCAUUGUCCAAGUAAGUGGCUAGUGUAAUAUUAUCUUAUUUUUUUAGAUAGUUCUUGUAUUUGUAACUGGUUGAGUGUUUGGUAAAAGCUAAGGAAGAGUAUUUCGAAGUUUUUAAGAUUAGUAAAAGUUAUAUUUUUCAGCUUGUGACAUCUGUAUCCUCCGUCGCGAUCAUCACUGUUCAUUUGGCGCCGUCUGUGUAGGUCACUUCAAUCAACGUUACUUUGUAGCAGCUGUAGUCAAUCUUUGGAUCGUGUUAGCCGUUUGUGCUACGUGGAACUUUUCUUUUACUGCUGAUGUGGUUUCACAUGUUAAGUCAGUACCAUCAAUCUGGCAAAUCAUGAUUCCUCAUCUGGCCUUGAUGAUGGGUUACUUGACGUUCUACCAGUUUUUGACGGUGUUCUUCUUUGUUUCAACGGUGACAGCGUUAAUGUUUGUGUCAUAUUUGAUAGCAGCUCAACUUUUCUGCAUCUACAGAGGACAGACGAGAAUGGAGUACUUGUUGGUAAGGUUUUAAAGUGGUUUUUUGUUGAUUUUAGGGGAUUUUUAUUGCAUAUUGGUUUACUUUUGGCCGUUUUAGACCGAAUUUAGGCUGCUUUGAGCUAAACUUUAGGUCAUUUCGAAUAGAAAGUUAAAGUUUGAAUACUUUUUGGUGCUGUGUUUGGUCAUAUUAAUCUUUAUCAUCCACUAUUACACUCUUUUUUCAGAACAUCUACGCGUACAACCUCGGUUUCUGGGAGAAUAUGAAUCAAUGCCUAGGGAAACACUGGCUUCUGGCCAUGGUCUCACCCAUCUUCCCAUCACCGUUGCCUUCAGAUGGCAUUAGUUUUAAGUGUUUUGACUCUGACGACAUCUCGAAGUCUACAAAGUAUCUCUGA